AUGAGCCCCAGCAGGACUAGGGAGCCCCUGGGCAGUAACCACAGUGGGAAUCCCUGGGCCCUGGAAGAAGCACUCCCGAGCAGCGUGGCCCCAGUGCAUGGCUUCCUCCUGCUGCUCCUCCUGCUCCUGGCUACCCUCCACCUGGCCAAGCGUCUGGCCCAAAAGUGGCAUCAGCAUCGAGAGCCAGAGCCACCAGGCCCUUUUCCGUGGCCUCUGGUGGGCAAUGCAGCUCAGCUGGGUGGUGCCCCACACCUGGCCCUGGGACGGCUGGCAGCCAUCUAUGGUGGAAUCUUCCAGCUGCGCCUGGGCAGCUGGCCAGUGGUGGUGCUCAGUGGGGAGCACGCCAUCCGCCAGGCCCUGGUCCGCCAGGGUGCCGCCUUUGCAGGGAGGCCACCCUUCCCCUCCUUUCAGUUGGUCUCUGGUGGGCACAGCCUGGCCUUUGGCAGCUACUCAGAGUUGUGGCAAUUGCAGCGACGGAUGGCCCGUUCCACGCUCCGUAUCUUCUCAGCCCGGCAGCUCCUGAUACGGCCAGUGGUGCGGGAGGCGCGGGCGUUGGUGGGGCUACUGCUAGCCCAAGGCUGUGGCAGUGGCAAGGGCUUCGUGGACCCCUCACGGCCAGUGGUGGUGGCUGUGGCCAACGUCAUGAGUGCUCUCUGCUUUGGCCGCCGCUAUGGCCAUGCCGAUGCUGAGUUCAGGAGCCUGGUGGGGAGGAACGAGCAGUUUGGGCGUACGGUGGGUGCUGGCAGCCUCGUGGAUGUCCUGCCCUGGCUCCAGCACUUCCCCAAUCCAGUGCGCACUGCCUUUCGCGCAUUCCGAUCCCUCAACCAUGACUUCUACAGCUUUGUCCUCCAGAAAUUUAUUGGCCAUCAGCGCAGGCUCCAGGUCCAUCCUGGUGAGCCUGUCCGUGACCUCAUGGAUGCCUUCAUCCGGCUCCAGCAGGCCCAGCCUGGCCUGCCAGAGGAGCACAUCCCGGCCACCAUCACAGACAUCUUUGGUGCAAGCCAGGACACCCUCUCCACUGCCCUCCAGUGGCUCCUCGUCUUCCUCAUCAGGUACCCAGAAGUGCAGGCUAAACUGCAAGAAGAAAUAGAUAAAGUAAUUGGCAGAGAUCGCUUGCCUUGUGCUGAGGACCAGCCCAAUUUGCCUUACCUGGUGGCUUUCCUUUAUGAAUCCAUGCGUUUCAGUAGCUUUGUGCCAGUUACCAUUCCUCAUUUCACUACAGUGGACACCACCUUAAUGGGUUACCACAUCCCCAAAGAUACAGUUAUCUUUGUCAAUCAGUGGUCUGUAAAUCACGAUCCAGUCAAAUGGCCUUCCCCAGAGAAAUUCAAUCCAGCAAGAUUUCUGGAUGAGAAUGGCUUCCUUAACAAAGACCUCACUAGCAGUGUCAUGCUUUUUUCAGUGGGCAAACGUAGGUGUAUUGGGGAAGAGUUAUCCAAAGUGCAGCUGUUUCUCUUUAUUGCCAUCUUGGUGCACCAGUGCAAUUUCACUGCUAAUCCAAAGGAAGAUUCUAAAAUGGAUUUCACCUAUGGCUUGACUCUUAAACCAAAGCCAUUUACACUUCAUGUCACGUUAAGAGAUAGCUUGGAUUUGCUGGAUAACGCAGUUCAGAGGCUUCAGGCAGAAAAAGACUCUGAAAGUUCUCUGCCAAAUAUGUAAGCUCAGAUGUUUGAACACUGUUUGUAGUACUUGUGUAAGGGUUUUGUUCUGGUCUCCUCAUUUUAUAUUUAAAUGAAUUGUAUUAAAACAUAAUGUAUUCAGCACAGCUAUUUAGUAUGAUAUGAAGUAAAAUAACUUGUACUUUUAAAAAAACUGUAUUUGGUUUGUGAAAAGGCAUUUUCAUUAUCAUUUGACAACUAGAAGUAUCAGAGCCAUUCCCCAAAGUGGGUUUUUUUUAAAAAAAAUAUGUAUUAAGGCACUUUCACACUAUGCAUUUAGUGUAGAAUUGCCAUGCUUUGAUCAUUCACCUUCUAGGAACCACUGAUAUAAUAUCUUGCAAUCAUUAUUUUUCUGCAUUUUCCCAGGGGAUUCUUCCAUUAUUAUUUUUCUCAGCCUGCAGAAAGUUUUUCUUCUUUGCAAGGGCAGAAAUCUUUAGUUACUUUUCUAUCUUGAAGGUUUCUAUCUGGAAGGUGGGUUUCAUGGAAGGUGGUGAUAUAUGCAGAAUGUGCACAGUUUAACAGAUAUACCCAGUUUCAGUUCUCCUUGUACUUUACAGCAGAAGAGAAAUUAUUGAUUUUAAGAGACACCAAUCUGAAAUAUGCCUUAAAUUUUAGCUUUAGUCAGCUUUUAAAUACUUUUUUUCCUGAGGGUUAAAAUGAUGGUGCUUUAGCCAUAUGAUACUGCAGCUUCUCCCUCUACUAUCAAAGGUAGAUGUUGGGACGGUAGUUGUGAAACAUGAAUGUAUGUCAGUGCCUUAGAAAUCAGAUAUUCUUUAAUGUGUAAAAUUUUUGUUUUGUUUUUUUUAAUUCAAGGAUAGAAAGAUCAUACCACUUAAUUCUGAAAGACAGAGACCAGUAUUCUGUAUCAGCUUACUUAAGUAAAAAGUAUAAGUAAGCAUGAAUAAUGUGUUACAUCUACUCAGCAUGUUUCUACAGAGACAGUGUUUAAAUUUAGGUGGAAUUGUCCAUUUACCUCUCUCAGAUAUUCAAAAUAUCUCAUAAAUUGAGAUAAUGUAAUAUUUUUAAUUCAGUGCCUUAAUUUUAUUAAUGAAAAAUAAUUAGCAUUGACCAGCCUAACUUUUAUUGGUUAGUCCUCUGUUAAUGUCUUCCAGUGACAUGUAUAAAGAACUCAAGAUAUUAGGUUAGGAGUGUCUCUGUGUGUAUAUACACACACACACACAUACAUUAUAUGGAACAUUCAAAUUAAUGUUGGUGCUCUCUGCUUUUAAACAAUUUGAUUGAGAAAGAGAAAACACUCAGGAUUCUAGAGAUGAAGUGAAGAAUCUUACUAAUAAGAGUGAUUGCAGGAGUCAUAAAAAUA